UUUUUUCGCGUCGCUCUCCCCUCCUUCCCGGCAUUCCUUUUUCCGCGUUCUCUCGGCGGCUCUCUGGGUCUGGCCGCCGCCGGCACUUCGCGCCCAGGGCUCUGGUGACGUCAUGUUCUUGCGCCGCGUGGACGCCCGCCGGUGAAAGGAGGAGUACUUCUGCCGCCCUUCGUCUCCUUUUGUUGGGCUGCCGCUCCUUCUGAAUCAUGGCGCCGUCACUGUGGAAGGGGCUUGUAGGUGUCGGGCUCUUUGCCCUAGCCCACGCUGCCUUUUCAGCUGCGCAGCAUCGUUCUUAUAUGCGACUAACAGAAAAGGAAGAUGAAUCAUUACCAAUAGAUAUAGUUCUUCAGACACUUCUGGCCUUUGCAGUUACCUGUUAUGGCAUAGUUCAUAUCGCAGGGGAGUUCAAAGACAUGGAUGCCACUUCAGAAUUAAAGAAUAAGACAUUUGAUACCUUAAGGAAUCACCCAUCUUUUUAUGUGUUUAACCAUCGUGGUCGAGUGCUGUUCCGGCCUUCAGAUGCAACAAAUUCUUCAAACCUAGAUGCAUUGUCCUCUAACACAUCGUUGAAGUUACGAAAGUUUGACUCACUGCGCCGUUAAGCUUUUUACAAAUUAAAUAACAGGACAGACACAGAAUUGAGUAUUGGAGUUUGGGGUGUAAAACACUCCCCCCAAGAUCAGUAUUUAUAUUGCUAUUUCAGAGCUAGUUAAAAUAAUCUAUGGCCCUUGUUUAUAUAUUAUUGAUCCGAUCAAAUGGAGUAUGAAUUAUCUGUGAAAUGAGUCUUUGAACUUUCGUAUAGAGGUUUUUUUGUUGAUUUGAAACAAUUCCCAUGUUUUGUAAAAGUCACUGUUUCAAACAUAAUUCCCUGAAAAAAUGUUGGGAUUUUUGUGAUUAUUUAUUUUCAUAGAUUUAUUUUCUUUUGCACUACAGUUUUUAGGAAUCCUGGAAAUACCAUAUACCAUCUGUGUUUUGCAGCACAAGAAUCAAAUGGUCUUCAGUUCUUAUCAGACCAACUUCUUUAAGAACACCAAAAUGGUGACUUUACAGUUUUUCUUUGGUCCCCUAAAAAGUGACUCUACUUUUACAGAUACUUGCCAAUUUUUACUUUAUUAAUGGUUUCUCUCCGGACUCCACUCCCUGAUACUGUCUAACAUAAGCUGUCUUGUUUCAUCAUUUCUAAGAUUCUGUGUGCAGUGAGCAAUUUUUGUGUCAGAAAUUCUAUCAUAACAUAUAUAUUUAACAAGCUCAUCUUGCUGUAAAACUACUCAUGUUCUUUUGUUGUAAAAUUUUCACUGAUUGUAUAAUGUAAGACUAGUUGAAAGUAGACCAAAAAGACAAUUUGUGACUUCAUUAUCUUGCCUGAGUAGAAUAGUAUUGAUUGAGGAAAACUGAUCGUCAUUAGCCAGUCUCACUCAUUGUAAGUCUAUUGGUUUAUGUUGUACUAAACUAGUGAAUUAGUGAAAGUAAAGGAAACGGCUCAUUUAUCUAAAGGCACAUGUGCAAAGAAACUGGGCCAAAUAUGUUCUAAAUAUUUGGAGUUCAUCUAUUUAAAUUCUCUUAGAAAAUUAAGGUCAUUUAGGAAGUUGGUUCUCAGCUUCUGACUGAGAGCUGACCUGGAGCUUCCCAUCUUCACUCUGCGGUGCUGAAGGGGAGGAUAAGGACAUGCCAUUGGAUGCUUUUCAGAAACUGUAGUUUACUCUGAGAACAUUGGAGUAGCUUUUUCAGCUAGAAAACUAAGAAGCUCAACAUUACUGUAGAGAUUACUGCUUUCCACGAGCAUGAACACAUUACUUGUGUUAAACUCUAUAGGUGUAAAGGGAAUCACUGCAGAUUUUGAUAGGAACCCUGCCUGAUGCUUUUUUGUUUGUUUCAGGCAGGGUCUUCAUAUCGAGAAGCUCUUUUACUUGGUAGCAUUUUUUGAUUAGGAAUGAACCUCAGCCUUUCUGCCCAGUCAUACACAGCCUCAAAGGCCAAGGUUAUUUUGUCAUUUCUUUGUUGGUUUUGGUUUUUGUUUGUAAACAGGAUUCCGUAUAACCUGAGCUAGCCUCAAAGUACUAUGUAGCCGAGGAUGAUCCUCAUGCCUCCACCGUGUCAGUGCUAAGAUUAUAGGUGCUGUCACUACACCUGGUUUUUUGAGAUCCUGGGCACUGAACCCAGGGUCUCAUGCAUGCUAGGCAAGCACUAUACCAGCUGAACUACAUCCUAGGCCCUUGACAUUGAAUUAUGAUUCUUGAGCUCUGUUUUGCUAACUAAGUCUAUGGAGCAUUGACUGUUCUCUAAUGAGAACAAACUUGGAAAUCUGCUGAUUACCUACAAUAAUUUAGACAUAGGCUAAAAGUGUGAAGUCAAGCCAGGUGUGGUGGCAUGUGCUUGUAAUCCUAGCACUUACAAGGCUGAAACAGGAUCACAAGUUUAGGGCAGAACUGGGCUAUCUUAAUGAAUCCCUGUCUUAACCCCAACCCCUAAAAAGCGAACCCAAGGACUAAUGCGAUAGCUAAAUCAAAAUGGCAUGCAGGAAGCAUGCUGUACAUCAGGCUUUUCUGCCAUACUCCUCGACUAUUACUUGACUGAAGAGCCUCUUGUUUUCUUCUCUUUGGAGACUGUUUUCCCUUCUUACUGUGUUUUCAUAACAAUGUUACUGAGAAACUGCGUGUUUUGUACUUCCAUUCUUUAAAGGAUGUAUAAUUGCCAGAUGUGGCUCAUGCCUAUAAUACUAACACUCAGGAGGCCAAGGCAGGAAAGUAUUCACACACGUUCAAGACCAGAAUUAGCUACACAGUGAGACCUUAUCUUUAAAGAAGUUAUACAAAAUUUAAAGGGUACAAUUAAGUAACUUUAAAUAUACUCACAAAAUUAUGCAACCACUUGAUAAAUCUAGGCCAUUUCACUCCUCUCCUAGAAGCCCUGUAUUCUUUAGUAGUCACCCCUGAUUUCCUCCCGGUUUGUCCCACGUAGGUCUUAGGAAACCAAUAGCUUAUUAUAUGCAUAAUCUGAUCAUUUACUAUAAAUGAAUUAAUGCAAUAUUUAGUCAUUUAGUUUCAUAAAUAUGGUUUCCUAUGUGGGAUAAAUGUUCAUUCUGAGAACUCAGAACCCAGUACAGUGAGAGAAAGUGUCUGGGUUUGUAAAUCUGGUAGGAAGCUUGCCUAGCACAUGCGAGACCCUAGGCUCACCCACAGUAUCCCAGAAAAAAAAUCUAGUUGAUAAAUCAAUGGAUUUAAAGAGGGAAAGCCUGGCAGACUCUAGAGUUAAUCUUAUUAAAUAGAGUACUUUUCCUCCUAGCCAAACAUCCAUUCUAUACUACUGCUUCUAACUUACAUUCUAGGUCCUCCCAGCCCUGCUUUGGUUUUGCCAAGACAGGGUUUCUCUGUGUAGCCCUGGCUAUUCUGGAACUCACUUUGUAGACCAGGCUAGACUCUAACUCACAGAGAUCCACCUGCCUCUGCCUCCCAAGUGUUGGGAUUAAAGGUGUGCACCACCAGUACCCAGCCCAUUCUAGUUUCUACAAUGGAUAUUAAAAUGUCUCUUUGUCUACUCAGCCAAGAAAAUCCUGCUUAAAAUAAUGCUAAAACAUUUGGCCGAUAACUGACAUGGUAAAUUUAGACGUGUCCACCUUUGGACAGCAUGCAUACCUCAGACCAGGUAAAUAGCCCCAGGUUUUUAAAUCGACUUCAUUGAUUUUCUGCUAUCUUCUUGAAAUAUGGUACUAUACGACUAAAUCAGAUUUGGGUGCGUUGUAACAGUGCUAAGUGUGCUCAGUAGAACUUUAUUUACAGUACUGUAUGAUAGUCCAUUACUGCCUAGGGUAGUUGAAAACCAGUGAUCUGAUCUAGUGCUAGGUAAACCUAUAGGUGACAUGAUUUCAGUGACACUCAAAAAUAGGAGACAUGUACUCAUCAAAGUUCUCCAGAAUGCAGGAACACACUUCAUAACCAGGGAACUAGCCAAAUCCUAUGGGCUAAUAGCUCAGCUGCAGGGAAUAAAGAUUGUGAAUUGGUGGCAAGUAUGCACAAUAACUCCCUAAUAAUUGCUUCCUAAGCUCUUGUGGCAUACUUUUGAGUGACAUAACAGCAUUUUCUUGGCUGUACAUGACCGGUUUCCAUGAUGUAUUGAAUACUGUUGUUUGUGAGCCUUGAUGCCUGUAACACCAAUAAACCCCAUUGUUGAAUAUAUUUUCUCUCUUUAAAUGACCUUGCCUUGUCCAAUAAAUAAGCGAUUGUCUCA